AUGGCAAUUGCUAGAUGGUUUUUUGAUGCUUGCAUUCCAUUUAAUGCAUUACAAUCACCAUAUUUUCAGCCAGCAUUGGAUGCAGCUGUUGCCAUUGGCUCUGUUUUUAAAGGUCCAUCUUAUGAUGAAUUAAGGGUCAACUUGUUAGGAAAUUGCAAGAAAGAGUGUCAAUUACUUGUUGAAAGCCACCGGGCCAAUUGGGCUAAGUAUGGAUGUACAAUCAUGGCUGAUGGAUGGAGUGAUCAACGACAAAGAACUUUGAUAAAUUUUAUGGUUUAUUGUCAGACAGGCAUGUCAUUUGUCAAAUCUGUGGAUGCAUCUGAUGUUGUGAAAGAUGCUUCAACAUUGUGCAACUUGUUUUCUGAAGUUAUUGAGUGGGUUGGACCUCAAAACGUGGUUCAUGUUGUCACUGAUAAUGCGGCUAACUAUGUAGCUGCCGGUAAAUUGCUUCAUCAGAAAUAUGAGAACAUUUUUUGGACUCCAUGUGCUGCUCAUUGCAUAAAUCUCCUUUUGAAGGAUAUUAGUAGCUUGCCACAUAUUGCAGAUCUUGCCUCAAAAGCUUCUAAGGUGACUAUAUUUAUUUACAAUCAUAUGAUAUUUUUAUCUUGGCUUAGAAAAAGAAGUGGUUGGAAAGAAAUUGUUCGUCCAAGGGUGACUCGGUUUGCUACCACCUUUAUCACAUUGAAAAGUAUUUCUGAUCAUAAGUCUGAUUUGCAAGCUCUAGUUGUUAAUCAACACUUUACUGGUAAUAAGUUAUCAACGGAUGGGGAUGAAAAACCCUUGAUGGGCUAUGUUUAUGAUGACAUGCAAAGGGCAAAGAACGCAAUCAAGCGGAUGUUCAGGGAUAAGAGUGAAUUGUAUAAGUCGUACACAUAUAUUAUUUCAGCUCGAUGGGAUAAACACUUGAAGCGUACUCUUCAUGCAACAGCUUACUUUCUAAAUCCUGGAUUCUUUUAUGAUCCAAGUUUUGUUGAAAAUGAUAGAGUUGUGCAGUCACUUGUUGAUUUGUUGGAGGUGUAA